GGGAACUUCCGGCUCCGGUUCCUUCCGGCCGGCCGCUUCCGGCGGGAAGGAGAACGGCGGCAUUCCCGCCGGCGGUCGAGGAUGAGCAAGGCGUGGCGUCGCGCGGAAGUCCCGGGCAGCGGGAUGGAGGGCGGCCGGCGGGGCGAGGCGGAGGCGGCGGCAGAUCCCGGCGGGCACGGCGCCCACAAGAAGAAGCACAAGAAGCACAAGAAGAAGCACAAGAAGCGGCACCACCGGGAGGAGCCCGGCCUGGACCAGGCGGCCGCCCUGCCCAAGCCGCAGCUGAAGCUCAAGAUCAAGCUGGGCGGCCAGAUCCUGGGCACCAAGAGCGUCCCAACCUUCAGCGUGAUCCCCGAGAGGCCCCGGUCCCCCUCCCCACUGAUGGGGGAAAACGACGACGAGGAGCCCAUGGAAGGCGUGCCCAUCGAGCAGUACCGGGCAUGGCUGGAUGAAGACAGCAACCUGGAGCCGUCCCCGUUGCCAGAACUUGAUCCAGAAAUGGGCUUCCCAGCACGUGAGGAAGAAGAGGAGCAGCGGUGGCUGGAUGCCCUGGAGCGGGGGGAGCUGGAUGACAAUGGGGAAUUGAAAAAAGAGGUGGACGAGUCCCUGCUCACUGCCCGGCAGAAAGCCCUCUUGCACAAACAGCAGAGUCAGCCCUUGCUGGAGCUGCCCAUGGGAUACAAGGCCAAGGAGCUGACAGAGGAGAUGCUGGUGAAGCGAGAAGAACGGGCUCGUAAGCGGCGGCUCCAGGCUGCCAAAAAGGCCGAGGAGAACAAGAAUCAAACCAUCGAGCGCCUCACCAAGACCAGCAAGGCCAAAGUGAAGACGCUGCGCGAGCGCAAGGCCAAAAGCACGGCAGUCCCCACAGUGAGCUACCGCAGUGCUGCCUCUGGGGUCACCAUCUCCUUCCCGCCCGGGACUUCCCUGCCUGUGUUGCCCUCCCUCCCGAGGGUAGUGCCGCCCACCAUGCCAUGUGGGGUCAUUGGCUGCCCCAACCUCAAGCGGUACUCCUGUUCCCGCACUGGGACCCCCCUUUGUAGCCUGGAUUGUUACAAAAAGAACCUGCUGCUUCAGGAGGUGCCGGCAUAGUCACGCUGGUGGAUAGUCGGUGCCCAGCGGUCACCCUGAAGGCCUCUGUGGUCUGGAAGAGGCGUCCCAGCCCUGUUCCCAGGUGUCUGAGGUGGGUGUCCAAACAGCCUUGGUAUCUGUUCAGCAGCAGCGGCUGGUUCAGCAAGAAGCACAUCUCUGGCUGUGUACAGUGCGAGCCCCUUGGACAUCUCUUGCCGCAGUGACUGUGUGGAAAAUGGAAAGUUCCCCCUGCAUGGGGAGGAGAGAGCAGGACCAUAUUGUGUGUGUGUGCGUGUGUGUGGACUCGGGAGAUGGUGGCAGCGGUGACUGGCAUUGUUUCUUGCCUUUCUGGGGGCUGCUGCUUCUCAAGACGGAUGGAGGCAGUAGUACUCUUUUUCAUUUGUACAGGAUGCAGAGAAAAGUGGCUGGUAGCAGGAAAAUUGAUUUAUUGUCGACAUUAAAGAUACCCUGAAACUAACUUGAGAAGCCCAGAUGGCCUCCUGGUU